AUGGAUAUCCCUGAUAGAUGUACGGUGUUGGUAGUAGGCGGCGGACCGGGGGGCUCGUAUGCUGCUUCGGUGCUCGCUAGGGAAGGCAUUCAUACGGUACUCCUGGAGGCAGACGAGUUUCCGAGCAAGCCAGCCGCAUACUCCAACUUUCUUCAACAUGGUCAACACGCGUGGAAUGUGGACCGAUCUGAAUGCGAUGACCUCAUGUUUAAACAUGCCCGAGAAUGUGGCGCGAGGGCCUUCGACGGAGUUAAGGUCCAAUCUAUUGAAUUUUUGCCAACAGGUUGUCAGGAUGGACAAGAGAGCGGCGAGCAAGCACAUAUUGGAAAGCCAGUCUCUGCUUCCUGGAUUAGCAAAAACAAGACCACCGGCAGCAUUAAGUUUCGGUACCUGGUGGAUGCCUCCGGCCGAGCGGGCUUGAUCAGUACUAAAUACAUGAAAAAUCGCACGUUCAAUGAAGGGCUGAAAAACGUUGCUACUUGGGGUUACUUUGAGGGGUUUGAAAUGUACGGAGUCGGCACAUUUGCUGAAGGUUGCCCCUAUUUUGCAAGCUUUCCAGAUGGAUCGGGCUGGGUAUGGUUCAUCCCCCUGGAAGAGAAUAGAGUCUCUGUUGGAGUUGUCAUGGAACAGAAAAGUGCCACUGCUAAGAAGAAGCUGAUGGAGUCCCCUUCUUCUCGCACGUGGCUUUUGGCACAGGUCAAAGAGGCGCCUGAGAUAAGUGUUCUUCUUGCAAAGGCCACUCUUGUUUCCGACGUGAAGAGUGCUUCCGACUGGUCCUACACUGCAUCCACCUAUGCAAGUACAAAUAUCCGGAUUGUUGGAGAUGCUGGGUGUUUUAUUGACCCACUCUUUUCAUCGGGUAUUCACCUUGCGCUCACUGGAGCUUUCUCGGCCGCAGCAACUAUUUGCUCCUCGAUUAGGGGCGACUGCUCUGAAAAGUUUGCGGCGGAUUGGCAUUCAAAGAGAGUCCACGAAGCGUACGCAAGGUUUUUGCUCGUGGUCGCGAGCACAUAUGGGCAGAUCACUGGAAAAGAAGCAUCGAUUCUCAAUGAUGAAGGCGAGAGCAACUUUGACAAUGCUUUUGAAUUAAUUCGUCCUAUUAUCCAGGGGUCCGCAGAAGAAUCUACCGGAAAGGCCGCGCCGGAGGAUGCUUCCGAGGCGGUUGCCUUUUGCUUGACAGUUAUACAGAAGGCGCAAAAUCGAUCGGAAGACAUCAGCAUUGGCGAUAAAAUAAUCAGGGCUGCCAUGCAACCAGACACUGGAUUGUUAGACGGUAACGACAUUGAUGGGAUGGCGAUCAACGCUAGACGCGGUGCUCUGGGUCUUGUGAAGGUGUAG